AUAGAAAAAGAAACAAUGGCACAAAACCAAGAUCACAUCCUCCGUGAGGUCAACAUCCUUGGACCUCUCAAUGACCAGAACCGCAAGGUCAUUUCCAAGGAAGCUACUGUCUUCCUGGCUCUUCUCCACCGCACAUUCAACAAGACUCGCAAAGAACUGUUGCAAAGACGCAUGACCCGUCAGGCCGAGCUCGAUGCUGGAAAACUCCCCGAUUUCCUUCCUGAGACCAAGCACAUCCGCGACAGCGAUGCAUGGAAGGGUGCACCACCGGCACCUGGUCUUACUGAUCGCAGAAUUGAGAUUACUGGUCCUACCGACAGAAAGAUGGUUGUCAACGCCCUGAACUCGGAUGUCUGGACAUAUAUGGCCGAUUUUGAAGGUAUUGCACCCACCUGGGACAACAUGAUCAACGGUCAACUGAACCUUUACGAUGCCAUCCGCAAGCAAGUCGACUUCAAGAUUGGCGAGAAGGACUACAAGCUCCGUACCGACCGCAAGCUGCCAACACUCAUUGCCCGUGCCCGUGGCUGGCACUUGGAGGAGAAGCACUUCACCGUCGAUGGCGAGCCAAUCUCGGGUAGUUUGUUCGACUUUGGUCUCUACUUCUUCAACAACGCCCAGGAGCUUGUCAAGAGAGGAGCUGGACCAUACUUCUAUCUCCCCAAGAUGGAGAGCCAUCUUGAGGCCAGACUCUGGAACGACGUCUUCAACCUUGCUCAGGACUAUAUUGGCAUGCCCCGUGGUACUAUCAGAGGUACUGUCUUGAUUGAGACCAUCAUGGCAGCUUUCGAGAUGGACGAGCUCCGUGAUCACUCUUCAGGUCUGAACUGUGGUCGUUGGGACUACAUCUUCUCGACCAUCAAGCGUUUCCGCCAGAACCCCAACUUUGUCCUGCCUGACCGUUCGGCUGUUACCAUGACCUCUCCCUUCAUGGAUGCUUACGUCAAGCUUUUGAUCAAGACAUGUCACCGUAGAGGUGUUCACGCCAUGGGUGGCAUGGCCGCCCAGAUUCCCAUCAAGACCGACAAGGAGGCCAACGACAAGGCCAUGGCUGGUGUCCGUGCCGACAAGCUCCGUGAAGUCAAGGCUGGCCACGAUGGUACCUGGGUUGCUCAUCCUGCCCUUGCCAGCAUUGCGGCCGAGGUCUUCAACGAGCACAUGCCCACACCCAACCAGCUCCACGUACGUAGAUUGGAGGUCGACAUCAAGCAGUACGACCUCCUAAACAUGAACGUGCCUGGAAAGAUCACCGAAGACGGUAUCAGAAAGAACCUCAACAUUGGUUUGGGCUACAUGGAAGGCUGGCUCAGAGGAGUUGGCUGCGUACCCAUCAACUUCUUGAUGGAGGAUGCAGCAACUGCCGAGGUCAGCAGAAGUCAACUGUGGCAAUGGUGCAAGCACCAAGCAACAACGGACGAAGGCAAGACAAUCAACAAGGAAUACGCACUCAAGCUCCUCCACGAGCAGGCCGAAGAGCUCGGUGCCAAGGCACCAAAAGGCCACAAGUACCAGCUUGCAGAGAAGUACUUUGCCACACAGGUGACUGGAGAGCAGUAUGACGAGUUCUUGACAUCGUACGUAAUAUCCGACGCAUUUGCAAGUAUUCAUAGUAGGACAAGAUUGCUGACUCGGAUUGCACAGGNNCUGCUGUACGACGAAAUCACGACUGUGGGUAGCCCCGCACCUGCCUCGAAGCUGUAG